AUACAAAAUAUUGAAAUUCCGGAUUUAUAUCGAAAAUUUUCUUCAAAUUAUCGGAAUCUGUGUUUGUUUUCUCGUACGUUGUUGGUACCUCGUACUCAGUAUAAAAAUUCAGUAAGUGAGCUUUGGUCAUUUCAUGUUACAAUGGCACUGCUGCUUCAACUUCAACCAUCACUUUCCAACAUAUCUAAUCUUUCGAUUUCUCCAAAUGUAUCCAAUCCAAACAAAUCCUUAAACCUGUCAAAAACCUCAUUAAUUUUCGCGAACAGUACUCCUCAUAGGACUUUCAGAACAAUCAAAUGUACUGGACAAGAAUCCAUUAUUCAUACAGAUAACGGCAAAGGAGGUAACGGCGGUGAUCACGGCGGCGGCGGUGGUGGUGGUGGUGGUGGUGGUGGUGAUGAUAAUUCUGAUGGUGAUGAGGAAGAGUUUGGAGCAGUAGUGAAGUAUGAUGAAGUGGUUAAAGAGGCUGAAAAGUUAGGUGUGGAUUUGCCUAAUGAUAUGUUGGAAGCUGCUAAGACUAAUGGGUUGAGGAGAUUGAUAUUGACUCGUUAUUUGGAUAUGCAGGGUUCAGCUUGGCUGCUGGGAUUUUUGGUGAGACAUUGCUCAAUGCUGAGAAAUCGAAUGCUUGCUGAUCCGUCGUUUUUGUUUAAAGUCGGAACAGAGAUUGUCAUCGACUCGUGUUGUGCAACAUUUGCAGAGGUUCAGAAAAGGGGAAAGGAUUUCUGGGCAGAAUUUGAGUUGUACGCGGCUGAUCUUCUAGUUGGAAUUGUUGUUGACAUCGCACUGGUAGGCAUGUUGGCCCCUUAUGUGCGAAUAGGCAAGCAGUCUGUUUCAAACAGCACUUUUGGACGCUUUCGACAUGCUUGUGGAGCUCUUCCCAGCAGUGUUUUCGAAGCUGAGAGGCCAGGGUGUAAAUUUACAUUGCAGCAGCGUAUUUCGACGUAUUUCUACAAGGGAUUUUUGUAUGGCUCAGUUGGAUUUGGGUGCGGCCUCAUUGGCCAGGGCAUCGCAAAUUUGAUAAUGACUGCUAAGAGGAGCAUCAAGAAGUCAGAAGAGGACAUACCUGUCCCUCCUUUAAUAAAAAGUGCUGCACUCUGGGGAUUCUUUCUGGCAGUCUCUUCGAAUACUCGAUACCAAAUUAUAAACGGAUUAGAGCGCUUAGUUGAAGCGUCGCCCGUGGCAAAACGCGUCCCCCCUGUCGCCCUGGCCUUCACCGUGGGUGUACGAUUUGCUAACAAUAUUUAUGGUGGUAUGCAGUUUGUGGAAUGGGCUAAGCUCAGUGGUGUGCAAUAAGAAAUGUGUUGGCAUGAAUAAGAACUCCAAUGCUGUUCAAUCUUAUAGGAGCAUUCAAUUAGAAAAUAGGAGUAGCUCAUUAGACACCCCACCCCCCCCCCCCCCCCACACACGUAAUUCGGACUUUCUAAAAAUACUGCCGCACUUGUGGCGGAUCCUCUAGAAAUAUGCUACUACUCUUGGAAGAUCCGACAUGUACCCGAACAUUUUUGAACACUUAAGCAACAUAGCGCGCGCUAAUGUUAGCCAUUUCUCUUGUUUGAUUGGUGAUGUCAAGGAGUUAUCUUUAACAUUCUUUGAUGAAUUGGUAAAACUGCAUUUUUGCUUAGAUGGCUAAGCAAAUGCCUAAUGCCAUAAGAGUAAGAUAUUGUGUUAUGGUCUA